AUGUUCAUCCAAUUCUUUAAGUUCUUAUCACUCGCUGUUGCGGUCUCGGCUGUUCCCUUUAAGCGCUACGACAACAACACUGAGGCUGCAAGCGCUUUGCAGUAUGCCGAGGUGGAUACCACAGUGACAAUUGAUAAGUAUGUCACCAUUACCUUACCUUCGACUACGAUGACAGUACCAGCCACUGCUUCUGAGGCUAAAGCGGCUAGUGCCUCUGAACUCGCUGAAGCGGUAACUGUAACGUCAACAAUAGUUGAAUAUACUACUUUGGUAGACAACGGCUCGUCUGCUACGUCCCCUGUGGCUACGAAGACAAGCACCAUCACUUCAACACCCACCACCACUUCCACUAUCACCAGCUUCGUGACAAUCACUGAAGCUGAGAAGUCCAGUUCUGAAGUAUGUGUACCUUCUACCAUAACAGUGACGGUCACGGAAAACGGAACUUCUUCAGGAACUAUCUCUACAGGUACGACGACUCAUGUUUCCUCCUAUCCAGUUGAGGCCGAGUUCACUUGGAGUGGGACCACCACCACCAUUACCUCUUUCGUUGACAUUACCACCACUGAGCUUUUCACCGCAACAGCCUCCACUUUUAAUUCAAGCUCGCCAUUGCGUAGCACGAAUGGAACUUACCAAGUCCCUUCUAACAUCAAGAGAGCUGGGUCUUAUGACUUCUGA